AUUUAAAUCAAAUGCCACCAAAUAGACGAAUCCACUCUUCUUCUUCUUUCUUCUUCCCCUCUCUAUAAAUCCACCAUUUUCAUCACUCAUUCGAGCUCUCUCUCAGUUCCUCUAUCUUCUCAAUUUCCGCCAUGAAAAUUUCUUAAAUCAACAAAAAGAAACACCCUUUUCGCUAAAUCUAACAAUUCUUCAAACACAUUUGAAAACUCCAUUGUUCUUGGUCUGUUUCCGAAUUUCAUUUCUUCCCUUUUUAUUCACAAAUUCCGCCAUGAAAAUUUCUUAAAACCCAUUAAAAUAGCCACCCUUUUCCUCCAAAUCUGAGAUUUCUGAACUCACAUUUGAAUAAUUGAAACUCUAUUUGCGAAGUUCCCAAAUAUGGUUUCGCUAGAAAAUUCUCAUUCGCAUGUUUCUUCUACUACCCAUCAUUCCCAAACACGGCCUUAUUACUAUACUCCACCGCCGUCCUCCGCCAAAGCUCACCGACGUUCAAUUGGCCGGUCCAUGCGCACUAUCCGCUCCAAUCUGUUCCAACCCGAAUGUGAAAACUCCGGUCCGGUCUACGAGAACCUUACAGAUUCCGUCGUUGAUUUUCGCCUAACUGAGCUAGCGAAGAAGCCGCCGGUUGAUAAAUCUUCUUUUUCCGAUGCGGAAUUUCUGGAAAUUUCCCAAACUUUCAGUGAUUUCUCGGCGUAUAGCAGUGAUAUUUCCGGCGAGUUGGAACGUUUAGCUUACAUCCCAAAUUCGGAUCCGAAUCAGAGCUCCGUUAGUGAACCGGAACCGGAACCGGAGCCUUGUGUAGGGUUUCUGCAGCGGGAGAUGUUUUCGACGGAGAUAAUCGAAAGCAUUGAACCGGAGGAUCUUCAGCCGACGGUGAAACUCUGCGUCGACAGUUUACAGUCACCGUCGGUGGCCGUGAAAAGAUCGGCGGCGGAGAAAUUGAGGUUUUUAGCUAAAAAUCGAGCUGAUAAUCGUGCUUUAAUCGGAGAGUCAGGUGCUAUUCCGGCAUUGCUACCGCUUCUCCGGUGCUCCGAUCCAUGGACCCAGGAACAUGCUGUAACAGCUCUUCUCAAUCUAUCGCUUCACGAACCGAACAAAACCUUAAUUACAAACUCCGGGGCGAUAAAAUCUUUGAUUUACGUGUUGAAAACGGGCACUGAAACGUCGAAACAGAAUGCAGCUUGUGGGUUGCUAAGCUUAGCUUUGAUAGAUGAGAAUAAGUUAACCAUUGGUGCUUGUGGUGCUAUUGCCCCAUUAGUGGCACUGUUAAUAAACGGGACGAAUCGGGGAAAGAAGGAUGCAUUAACGACGUUGUAUAAGCUAUGCACUGUGAGAUUGAACAAAGAACGGGCUGUGAGUGCUGGUGCUGUGAAACCAUUGGUGGGGUUAGUGUGUGAGGAGGGAACAGGGUUAGCUGAGAAGGCUAUGGUGGUGUUAAGUAGCUUAACGGGGAUCGAGAUGGGGCAAGAAAGUAUAGUUGAGGAAGGUGGAAUUGCUGCACUUAUGGAAGUGAUUGAAGAUGGAUCGGAUAAAGGGAGGGAAUUCGCAGUGAUGACUCUUUUGCAGCUGUGUGUUGAUAGUGUAAGGAAUAGAGGACUUCUUGUUAGGGAAGGAGGAAUCCCUCCUCUCGUCGCAUUGUCGCAGACUGGAACUGCUAAAGCUAAGCACAAGGCAGAAACAUUACUGGCAUACUUGAGGGAACCAAGACAAGAAGCUUCUACUUCAACUCCUUAGUGAGGUAGCUUAGACGGUCUUCUAUAUUUGAGUAUUUUCUGUUUAUAGGAAGUGAUUUGAAAGAGUUUGUACAGAGUGGUUAUAAAUUUAGAAGUUCAUGACAUAUGUCAGGUUAAUCAAGAAAAUAAAUAUCAAGUUAGUUUUAAGGAAACUGACCUAUAUAGAUAAAUUUUUAACUAAGUUUAGUGCUGGCAGGGGUUGUGGGAAGGGUUCUCAUGUCCCUUUUGAAUUAUUAUCUGUGAGGUUGUUUGGUAAGAAUUUGAUAAUGAUCCCUUAAGUUUUGUUUGGGUGGUCCAAAUUCUUCUAAAAGGGUUACUGAUUUUAUGAUUCUUUAGUGUGUAAAAGAGCUACUAUUUCAGUAUGCUUUAGUCUUUUUUGUUUCUUGAACAAGAUUACAUGGAUAGUCUCUUGAUUAUAUGACUGUAAACAUAUUUGGCUGUUAAUGAGAUAUUUUCUUGAUUUUCUAUGA